AGUCAUGACAGGCUACCCAGAUGACCUGAUAGCCGCCGCCAACGAGCACCUCCGCCGCCUCGCGAAUAGACCGGAGGGCAAAUUCCCCAACCCCGCCGCCGCCGCCGCUGGCAAGCCCCCUCCGGAGGAAAGCAGCGUGGACGUGGACCUGGCGCUCACCUACCUCCAUCGCUCGUGCUCCCUCACGAGCCUCGCCGUCAAGCACCUGGACGUCGCCAUCGCCUUCGUCUCCAGCUUCCUCGACCCGGACGAGGUCGCCAAUAUCUCCAAAUGGACCGACCAACGUACAUACUACACCUCUGAGGAGGGGCCUUAUCCACCAGAUGAAAGAAACUGCUUGAAUUGUUGAUCCAAGCCAACGUCGUCCAAGCUCCAACUUUUUACAGUUUCAGUUCAGUUCGGUCAGAUAAUCUGCUGCUACCAUCUAUGGUUCUUUUUCUGGACAGCUAUGUUGGUGGUUAUCCAUGUUUAAUCCCAUCAGGAUAAUGCUGUAAUGUCAUACCUGCACCUUGUCGAACCGAAUUGCAGCUAAAUUGGCAUUUUGGUCAUGCUAACUUUUCCCAAUCUUCCUUCUGUGAUGCACUU